AAGCACUAUUGUUCCAAAGAUUUCUGACUAUUUCAUGUACAAGUUGGUCAGAAACUGUAACUAUUUUAUUGUGGGAGACUGUAUUUCAAAUCUUUCUCCCCUUGUGCGGAGAGUUCCGGAGGAAUUAACCCUGGAUCUCUAACAUCCCAGAAACCAUUAAAAACUCAGAAAAAGAAAGGGAAUGGAACCGAGAGAUAAAAUAUUAAUCCUAAAAUACUUUCUAAGCAUCUUCAAUGGAAUUUUCUUGGUUUUAGCUCUUAUGCUUAUGAUGUUCAGUGUGUGGCUUCUAAUUGAUAGAAACAAUUUAUUCACUGUUCUAUCUUUCACAGGUGAGAACCACUUGAUAGCAUGCAUUUCUUAUAUGUUGCUUGGCACUGAAUCCAUUGUUGUUUUUAUUUCAUUCUUGGGAUUCCUAGGAAUCUUUGAAGAAAUCAGAUGGUUACUAAUUCUGUAUCUGGGACUCAUAGUCUUGCUGUUUGGUGUCCAAGUUGCAAUGCCAGUGCUAAUAUAUACAAGAAAAGAAGAGGUCCAGAUUAUGUGGAAUGACAGAAUUGAUGCAGUUAUUUCUAACUAUGGUAACAAAAAUCUGACUGGAAGAGAACAUGAGUGGGAUAUUCUGAAUGCUGUGCAGAAUACUGGAUGUGACGAGUAUAUUAAAAUGCGGUUUGAAAACAACAGUUUGGUCUUAAUUGCAAUUAAUAUUGCACUGCUAACUGUAGAGGUCCUCCUGUUCACAUUAGGUGUAUUGCUGUUCAAAAACAUCAAGAAGAAUAAAAUUUCACUAAAGGAAUAAAGAAAGAUUUUUGGUGUUGUUAUAUUGCAUGAAUUAUCUAAUAAUUCUUUAAUCUAGAGGUUCCCAAACUUUUCUUAUUGUGUACCCCCUUCCAGAUCUACCAGGUUCCCAUGUGCCUCUACCCUUCUCAUCACUGAUACUUUGUGUGUUCUUCUUAAUACUACCAGUCUUUAGCCAUCUGUCCAUAUUUCACUAUGUACAGAUAUAGUUAUAGUGUGACAUAUACAACCAAAAAACCCCUAAAUUCUGAGCUAAGUUAGACUGGACAGUUGCUGGGCAACUGAACCUGUGCUGUACGGUGAUUGGAGAUGAGGACAGGGCUGGAUUUACACCUUACUCACUCCUAGGCACAGCAUCUUCACUCCCCCCUCCCCUGACUACAUUUGACCUUUGUGUUGCACACAAUUUUAGAGAGAUAAGGCACCCCUAGAAUGCUAGCACCCUUAGGGACGUGCCCUACUAUGUCCAACCCUGGGUGAGGACUCUGUACAUCAGCAUCUUUGUGUAUCUGUGUUCUCAUUGAUACAUCAUGAAGUAAAUUACCCAUGAAGUGAAUUAUAUAACAAAUUCCCACAGAGUUUUAAAGAUUUGUCUGGGUAGCCUAUUAUGAAAAUGUCAUAAAUAAAAUAAUUAAUAAAUAAAAUCCACCGUUACAAAAUUUUUCCUGCGUUCCCCCCAGAGAUGUGUUGAAUACCCCUAGGAGUACGCAUGUCAGAGUUUGGGAACCUUUGCUUUAAUCUGACCCUUCAAGUCAAAGGAAAGACUCAUAUUAAAAUCAGUGAUGUUUGGCUCAGACCCUAAAAUAUCACAAUUACUCUGAUAUAUUUGUAAUUUAUGUGUUGAUAUAGAAAAUAUCCCAAUGGCUAUAGCGGCCUUCUGUGUACUGCAUAACAUAUGUGCAUUUAUGUCUUGAUACAUUUGUGUAUUGUUUGUAGUCUUGGUUAUGAUAUUUAUACUACAGAGACAUACAGACUAAAGUAUCAAGCACUUUCCCAUUA